AUGCAAAAAUCCGUUGGGAAGUGGGAAUAUAAAACCGCAUUUGCCGGUCCUGCUAGUAUAUCACAAAAAGAACCCCCCAAGAAGUUGUCACGGCAAGCUCGAGCCCGAAUUAAUAAAAAACGUCAGGAAGAGGAACAAAGCACAAUCUUACCAGAAGAACAUAACUCAGCAGUAUUAAUUCCUGACAUCGUACUACCAUCGAGGUCAAACAUUAUUUUUAAUCCAAACCGGCAUCGCAUCCAGCAAGCUACUUGUAGACUAUGCACUCAGGACAAAAUAUAUUAUAUUGAAAAGGAGUGGACAAGUACCCCCUUAUGCCCAUCAGAUCGCGAAUCAAAUGUAAGUAUUAAGACUCAAUAUGAGAUUUCCACGAAGAGCUUGUUAGUGGAGACUCUUAUCAGAGAAGCGAAAAUGAACAAUAAUACCCUCGAAUUAUUUGAGAUCCCCUCCGACUUUUUGAUAAUAGUAAAUAGGGAUAUUAUUAAUCCUAAUAAUUUUCAUAAUAAAGAAACUAGUGUGUCUA